AGUACCAGAAAGCAAGAAGCUAACUCAAGAGAAGCAUUUUUCUGAAGAGGAAUCAUCCCCUGGAGUGUUACUGGAGAGUUUUCCAGAGGAAAGGUCUAGGGACUGUGAAGACUCUUUAGAAAACCAGCAGGAAAACCAUGAAAAAUACCCAAUACGAGAGCUGGUCCCUCAGAAGAGACUUUCUGUGAAGAGAAGCUACCAAUGUGGUGAAAUUAUGAGAAAUUUUAGUCAGUGGUCAUUACUUGUUCAACACCAAGGAGAGAGACUUCAUAAUUGUGGUUCGCUUAAGAACUUUAAAAAUUCAGCUGUGAUUAAACAGGGGAAAUCUUGUGCAGGAAAGAAACCUUGGAAAUGUAAUGAGUGUGAGAAAGCCUUCAGUUACUACUCAGCCUUCGUCUUGCAUCAGAGAAUUCACACAGGAGAAAAGCCCUAUGAAUGUAAUGAAUGUGGUAAAGCAUUUAGCCAGAGCAUACACCUUACUCUACACCAGAGAAUUCAUACUGGAGAGAAGCCCUAUGAGUGUCAUGAAUGUGGGAAGGCCUUCAGUCACCGCUCAGCCCUUAUUCGGCAUUACAUAAUUCACACUGGAGAGAAACCCUAUGAAUGCAGUGAAUGUGGGAAGGCCUUUAAUCAGAGCUCAUACCUCACUCAACACCAGCGAAUUCAUACUGGAGAGAAACCUUAUGAAUGUAAUGAAUGUGGGAAGGCCUUCAGCCAGAGCACAUUCCUAACCCAGCAUCAGGUCAUUCACACUGGAGAGAAACCUUACAAGUGUAAUGAAUGUGGCAGAGCUUUCAGUGACCGUUCAGGCCUUAUUCAACACCAGAGAACUCAUACUGGAGAGAGGCCUUAUGAGUGUAAUGAAUGUGGGAAGGCCUUUGGCUACUGUUCAGCCUUGACUCAGCAUCAAAGAACUCACACUGGGGAGAAGCCCUAUAAGUGCAGUGACUGCACCAAAGCCUUCAGUGACCGCUCAGCCCUUAUUCGUCAUCAGAGAACACACACUGGAGAGAAGCCUUACAAAUGCAAGGACUGUGAGAAAGCUUUCAGCCAGAGCUCAUCUCUUAUGAAACACCAGAAAACUCACACUGGAGAAAAACCCUAUAAGUGUAAAGAAUGUGGAAAAGCUUUCAGCCAGAGCUCAUCUCUUUCUCAACAUCAGAAAACUCAUGCUGGAGGGAAAAACAAGGCAUAUGGACAAGCCUUCAGUGAGCAUUCAGUCUUUGGCCAACAAAAGAGAAUCCAUACUGGAUAAGUGUAUUACAUUCAAAGUGAAUUUUUUUGAGCAUUUACCAUAUGUUAUGAGGGCUACAAAGAAAUUUAAGAUGAUUCUCUUAUAAG